AUGAAUUCCCGACCAUUGCCACCGCCCGCACUUUCAAUUAAUAAUAAGGACAUUCAGUUUCUUGAACAGGAAACGACUACACUUCUUGUAAAAAACUUACCCAAUUUAUGCGAAUCAGACCUACUUGAUUUCCUAAAGCAUUUUGGUCCACAGGAAAUUCGUCUUGGAACUUCAAAUCCGUUGAAAAAUUCGGCAUUCUUGGAUUAUCCAGAUCGUUUAUCAGCAGCGAACGCAUUUUCUAAGAUACAAGAAUUAGGAGAUGUAGUAGGAAAAAAAGUUCGUGUAGAAUAUGCAUUGCCAAGUAAAGAGGCUUUGCAAAAAAAGGGUAAUUCUAAAGUCGCAGGAAAUUCUAGUGAUAAUACUAAUGAAAAUAGGCAGGAUGAUUCUGGAUCAUUUCAAACACUUCCGCCACCCCCUCCGUUUCCGCCGCCACCAAGUUUCAUUGCUGAACCAAUUGCACCUUCAUUAGGGAUUAAUUAUCCAGCACCUCCUUCACUUCAUUAUCGUUAUCCCCCUCCAACUGUAGAAAUUUUAUAUAAUAUCAUGAAUGCUAUUGCGGCUGUGCCUAAAUUAUAUACUCAAGUUUUGCAUCUAAUGAAUAAAAUGAAUUUACCACCACCAUUUGGACCUAUAUUACCAGAAUCAAUACCAGCCUUACUUCAAACUGAUACCGAAGGAA